AUGGUCACAGAGCCAGAGUAUGAUGUGCCCACAGCCGCAGCAGGCAUCUUCGCCGAUCUGCUUGCUGACGAGCGCCUUUGUCUCCCCCCUGCGGUAGUCGAGGCGGCCAACGUCGAGUUCGAGGGCUCCUCCCUCCCGUAUCUCUGUGUCCCGUUCAAGUUCACUGAGGCGAUCAGCACCAUCAAGGGCCUUGAGGCAGCGUUCGCGUCCGCCAUCGCCGCCUCGCGCUUCGGUACCACGCCCAAGCAGGUCAUCAUCAACACGGACCAUGCGGCGCUCUUCGUCUUCUCAGGAUUCACCACCACCAUCAACGGGAUGGUCGCGCUCGACCCACGCCUCUCGGCCAAGGUUGACAACUGGGACUUUGCCGGCGCCCUCAAGUAUCGCUGGCGCGCAUUCACGACCAACAUCUACCGCACGCGCGAUGGCCGCUUCUUCCACCUACACGGCUCGCUUAACACGCGGGCCAGUAUGACAAUGGUCGGGCUGGACCACGACGAUCCCGAGCGGCUCAAGUUGACGGACCGCAAUGAAAUCGUUCCGAUCUACCAGGCCGCAGUGGAGAAGUGGGACGCGGUCGAGAUCGACCGCGUCGCCAACGACGAACUCAAACAGGCCGGCACCAUCUGCUACUCAUUCGAUGAGUUCAAGGCUCUCCCAGCCGGCCAAGCCAUUAUCAAUGCGCCAGUGUACGAGCUCUCCAAGGCUGCUGAAGCACAAGCUGUGCCCUGGCCCGAGGCGAACGAGAACAAGCCCCUUAGCGGGAUCAAGGUACUCGACCUCACGCGCGUCAUCGCAUCUCCCGCCAUUGGCAAGGGUCUUGCAGAGCAUGGCGCCACCGUCCUCCGCAUCGUUACAGACAAGCUGCCAGACAUGAGCGUCCUCCUCCCGGACUUGAACCAGGGCAAGCAUGUCGCCAUCCUCGACCUGAAGAGCGAGACUGGCAAAGCCAAGCUGCGCGAGCUCGUCAAGGAUGCCGACGUGGUCAUCGAUGGGUACCGCCCCGGUGCAAUCGAGCGUCUCGGCUUCGGCCGCGAUGCCGUGCGUGAGAUCAACCCCAACAUCAUCUACGUCCGCGAGAACUGCUACGGCUUCCACGGGCCCUGGUCACACCGUAGCGGGUGGCAGCAGAUCGCCGACUGUUUCGUCGGUCUGUCGCAUGCCUUUGGCGAGAAGCUCGGUCUUUCGGAUGGCGAGAGUGUUGUCCCGAUCUUCCCGAACUCUGAUUACGGCGCGGGUGCCAGCGGCCUCGUCGGCACGCUCAAUGCGCUGUACCGCCGUGCAACCGAGGGCGGGGUGUGGAACGUCGACGCGGCCCUAUCUUACUAUGACGUCUGGCUCAUGAAGCUCGGAUGCUACCCCGAUGCCGUGUGGGACAAGAUCCGCCCCGCCGCCAAGCUGCGGCACGACUGGGAAAUGGGGACCAUGCUGCCCCUCAUCAUCCCGGAGCUGUACGCGCGGCGCCCGGAUGUGUUCGUCAACCCUAAGUUCUGGCAUGAGCUGCCAGCACCAAGUUAUGGUGAGGGCGCAGUGGUGCGCACCGUUCGCCCGAUAGUCAAGCUCGAGGGAGUGACGAUUGGCGUCGGACGAGGACCGGUGCAAAAUGGAUAUGACGCAGCAGAGUGGCCCACUAAGUAA